AUGCAAGUAGAGGAUCGGCUGCAAGGAAGGGGAGAAGGAGUAGCAGCAUCAGAAACAGCUGGAGUAGUAGCUGGAGUAGUAGCUGGAGUAGUAGCUGGAGUAGUAGCUGGGAAGCCAGAGGAAUCCGUGCCGGUCCCGUCCCAACAGCCAACGACUGGAUCAGGAGCACCCUUAUCGACUGGAUCAUCUGGAUCCAAAGCACUUACAGGUCCAGCUGGCUCGACGAGUGCAUCAGCAGUGACAAGCUCAACCAAAGAAGGUGGCGCGGAACAGAACCGAAGCCUAUCAGCUUUCGCCACCUCUGUGAAACUUGCAGCUGCAGCAAGCAGCAGCAGUUCCAGUGCCGAUCUGCCGCAGCCAAGCCCCGAGAAGAAGCUCAAGACUGAGCCCCCCACGACACCGACAAGCAAGGCAGCACAGGAGGGUGAGAACAAGCCGUCGGCAUCUCCACAAUCCACAGCAGGAGCAGAAAUAAUUGACACCGUGGAGACUCUGGAGCAGAUCCAGAAGAUCAUCGAGAGAAACUCAGAACAACUCCGCAAGGUGGGGGCCAACUUCUCAAGGGCGGAACCGGAGAGGAACGAAACUAUCAUUCAGAAUAUCUACAAGAGUCUGCAGGAAGUGGUGACGGAGCGUCCUCGUCCAGAGUUCCAUCCUGAAAGACGAUGCCUGCCCGCGGCCCGCACGCUUCUCAAGAACAACCAAAUGGAACAAGCCAAGGCAUGCCUUGAGAAAGCCUUUUCCAAGAAUCCCAGUAGACUGAGGCAGUAUGAAAUGGCGGUAAAAUAUUUCUCCAUGGCCCUCAAGGAGGAAGUGACGACAGGGGUUCUGAACAAUCUGGCAAUCGUUUAUCAAGAGAUGGGCUCACAUACGGAAGCUGUUCAAAUGUACAAACGAGCCUUGAAGCUUGAUCAGGAUGAUGCGACUGCGCAUUACAACCUCGGAACUGCGUUGGAGAAGGCUGGUUCUUACAAGGAGGCGGUGACAGAAAGACUGCAGGCGAUUGAGUUGGAGCCCGAGGAAGCAAAGUACUACAACAACAUGGGAGGGAGCCUUGCCGCCAUGAACAAGACUGAGACGGCGGAGAGAAGUUACAAGUGGGCCAUAAAGCUAAGCCCCCGCUUCAUUGAUGCAUAUUACAACAUCGGGAACUUGCUCCUGGCCACUGGGAAAAUCGAAAACGCCAUCGAGAGGUUGGAGCAGGCGCUGAAGCUCGACCCCUCGCACGCUAAGCCGCAAACCUCAUGGGCGACGCAGGCGCAGAAGAAGCUGAAAGAGGCGCAGAAGGCCCUCGAAGAGAAGGUCGAGGCGUUCAAAAUGCAGGUGGAUGAUGCAAUCGAGAAGGCACAGAAGAUGAUGUCUCGAGGGGAGUUGUGA